GUUGCAUCUUUUGUUUUACAUUAUUAUUAUUAUCUACUAUUAUAAUUAUAUUUAAAUCUUUAUUCAUUGCAAAUGUUUUAUAUAUUUUUAGUGAUCCUAUAUCGAAGAUAAUAUAUAUUACUGUCGAAGAUGUGAUCUUUGACCGUCAAACAAACGUUAGAGGUCAUUAUCCCUUAUCUCGCAUGUCUGGUCAAUAUUAUCGACCCUGACAGUAAUACAGGAGGUUCCAUGGUUGAUUUACGAUUGUUCCCAUAGAAACGUACCUUGCGAUCGAAUCGCGACCGCGCGUUCCUUUCGUAUUUAAUAUAAGCUACAUGUGUGUGUAUGUAUCAGGCAAACCUUGUAUAGUCUUGCAGCCCUACCGCAGUCUCAAAUAUUGACACGACCUGCGAUGAACUCGUGUAACAUCUUUUGACAUUCAAACUCGACAUUCGCGCCGGAAGUUGUGUCGCAUCGGAAGAUCGUUGAUUCGUUGGUGUAUGAUGUUCAUUUGAAGAAAACAGCUGAAUAGAUAUAAAUAAUGGCCUUCCAAUUGGACGAUCUUUUAAAGGAAGAUAAGAAGGAUGCAAAUUUAUUACCUGAUCUAAGUAAAGCAAUUUGUAAUUCUCAAGAAGAGUUCCGUCGACUUCUGGAGAAUUGUCCUGAAUUUAAAAUUAAACCAGAAAAGGUAAAAAAAGAAGAUGCAAAAGUGCGUGACAAAGAAUUUUCUUGGAAACCAACUAAAAAAGAGUUGAAAGUAUUUGGAAAAGAAUGGAAUUACGGAAAUCCAAUACCUCCAGAUAUGAAAGAUUUAAAUCUUCACGAAUUACAACAAGUUGCUAUUGAUUGGAGAAUGUUAACACCUAUUAGACCAAAAAAUCGACAAGAUGAAGAAAUGUUCUCUAGAUUGGUGGAAAUGGGAAAACUGGAAGCAAAAACAAUUGCUAAAGAACGACGAUCAAUUAUAAGUCCCAUUAGACGUAGUAAAAAUCGUGCUGGUAUGAUUGAGAGUAGCGUAAAAAUAUGUAAUGAAUGUGGAGAAGAAUAUUGCCUUGGUGAAUUUUGUGGUGAUGUCAUAUAUGAUUUAUAUGUAAGAAUAAAUGUGACGGUUCAACAACCGAAAAUAAAAAUAUCCGCUGAUACUGAAGCAAUAAUAGCCAAUAUGGAUCGUAAAAAGAAACGCAAGAGAAAAAAGAGAAUAAAAAUUAAAAAUACUAGAAAAAAUAGUAGACUGUUAAUUAGAAACAAAAGAAUGAAAUCUAUGGCUAAUGAUUUAGGAAGAAAAAAUAAUAAAGACAAGCUAGAGAAUAAUGAGAACAAUUCAAAGCCUGUUAAACCAUUUAAAAGAAAAUGCAGUAAAUAUACUAAAAAAGGAUUUCGAAAAUAAACGUAAAAGGUAACAAAAAUUAAUACAUGUUAUAAAUUCCGAAAAUAUUUAUCACGAAUUAAAAUUUAUUUGUUACGAAAGUAAAUUUGAAUAAAUUCUUUUUAUAUUAUUGUAUAUUAAUAUAUAAUUAUUAAAGUAAAAUAUAAUAAAUAUGAGAUGUAUGUAUUUUAAUAAUAUUAAAUAGAUGCUAUUUAUGCUUAUAUGUAAAUAAUUUAUGUAGAAAGUGAAAAUUAAAAAAGAAUUAAGGAUUAAUUGAUGCAAAAUGAAAACGAAGAGUUAUGUACGUUUAUUAUUUAUCUAUAUUCUGUGGUCCCUCAAAACAUGGAAUAAACUGAUCUGUCUUACAAUAUUUAAACAUUGUAAUGACAAUUAAAUAUAUAUAAAACAACAUAACGAUAAUUAACGGGCAGGCGCAGUAAAUGGUUGCAACUAAAUGUUGGAAAAAUAUAAUUUUUAUUCCUCAUUUCAUUUAUUUCUUUUUGUGUCUUUUUAUUUUAUGAUCCAUUCUUUUUUUUCUUUUAUCUAAAAAAUGUCGCAACCAAAAAUCAAUCAUAAAAGGAAAAAUAUUCUGUUUCUUUAUUUAAAUCUAUUCCUCGAUUUUAAUAUAGUUUAAAAAUUUUAAAAUUUUUACAUUUAAAAAAAUUUCGAAGUUUGUAAUAAUUAUAUAAUUCAAAUAGAAAUAUGCAUCUAUGGAAACAGAACAUUCCUUUUGAAUUAUAUUUUUUCUAUUGAUUUUAAAAGAAAACUCCAUUAUAUCGAUUUUUUAUCUCAACAUUGAGUCAUACGCUAGUAUAAUAAUAAUAUUUAAACUGACUGAAGUACAUACAUUUUACACAAAUAUAUUUAUAUAGAUAUAUAGAUAAUAUCAAUAGCUACAAUAACACUUUUGGUGAAUAAAAUACAUCGUAUAUAACCAUGAUAUUUUUGUUUCAAGUAAUAUUCUAAAUUUAUCUAUAUUUUAUUUAGUUUCAUUCAUCUUAAUUAUGAUCAGAGUUCUAUUCACUAUUAUUUUAAUAAUAUUGUAAAUAUUAGGCCACUAAAGUUUCAAAAUUUCUAUCUAUAUUUUUAUUUUGAUGAUGAUUAUAUAAAAAAAAACGUUUAUAACAAAAAAUAUUUCAGUUAUUUCAAACUAAAUUUAAGUAAAAUAUCAAUUAUUAUAUCAAACUAUAGUUUUGUUAUAAUAAAAAAUAUUAUGCUAAAUAAAGUAUUAUAUUUUAAUUUCAUUGGACACUGAUCACCAACAAUACUCUACAAUCUUAUACAUACUUAUACAGAUAAUGUUAUUCAAUCACUAUCUUUUUUAAGCUACUAUAUUUUAUACAAUAAGAAUAUAUAUAGAACAUUACUGUUUAAUAUACAUAUGUACAAUUGCAAUAAUAUUUUUUUAAUUAUAAUCAGUACAAUUAAAUUUUAAUUUAAAUUUAAAUUUUAUCGACAUCCUUAUAUCGUCAAUAUUUAAUUUUGUGUGCAAUUCUUUUUUUUUUUAUUAAAAUUUUGAAAUAACAAGUUUUAUAGUGAUUUUUACAUCGAUAUUUAUAAUUAUUCGAUAGACACGAGUAAAGUGCAUAUAAAUGUUAUUCAAAAUAUAAUAUCCUUUUAUUAAUACACAUUUAAAUAUUCUUCUAAUUAUCAGGUUCGUUAAUCAAAAAUUAAUUUUGUCUCUUUAUCAUUGUAUCAUGCGAGUUAGUGAUUCGAAGAAUAUUAGAUACAAAAAUAUGAUAAUAUUUAAAUAUCUACCGCAUGAUUUCGGCAGCUGCUCAAAUUUUGUUUCGAUUAUUAAACUUAAGUACAUCAAUGAUUAUACAUUAUAUAAAUAUUUCUUACGACCAGCGUUGAAUAGUAACAUUAUAUUUUUAUUCGUAGUAAUAUAAUUAUAAUUAAUUAAAUUCAAUUUCUGACAACUAAUUUUUCACUUAAAUAUAUGUUUUUCAUGUAUCAAUGUAGUUAACAUUCUGAAUAGGAUAUAUGUAAUUAUUUAAAUGAUAUUUAUAUUUAUAGAUAUAAUAGAAACAAAAUAUAGAUUUAAAAUAUUUCCAUUGUUCUUUAGUACUAUUUAUAUGUUUAAGCAAUAAAAUGGAACAAUUUGUACUGAUGAGAAAAAUCAUUACAUAUUCCAACACUGAUCAUAAUGCUUUUAGGACGAUUUUUACAUUUUUUUUACGAUUUACUUUAAUUAUAAUUGAGUAGAUACAACAAUUUAUUAUAAUAACUAAAAAGGAAUAACUACAGAAGAAUAAAAUUAUAAAAAAACACAGACUAUUAUUUCAAAAUUAAAGAAUAAAAAAUAAAAACAAUAUACAAUAUUGACGAAUUUAAAACAAAACUAUGGUAAUAAUAUUACGUCUUGGUAAUAAAAAAAAAUAUGAAAGAUAAAUGACUUGUCAACCUGAUGAUAAGUUAUUUUUUAAAUAGAGAAAUAGAGUCAUUUUUCAAAUGAAAAUUAACACAAUAAUUAAUGCAGACUCUCAAUCAACUUUGCUUUUUUUUUUUUAAAUGAAAUCAUAUUUUAUUCUAUUUGUAAUAGAUUAUUUUAACUCGCACCUUAUGAUUAAUGUUGUUAUUAAGUCAUUGAAAAUUUGCAAUAUAAAAAUAUUGCAAAUAUAAUGCAAUAAAAAUAAAAUUAAAAUAAUAAAUUAAAAAAAUAAAAUAAAAAUAAAAUUUACGCUAAUUUAAUUUAUUUAAAAAAUUAUAUUAAAUUAUACCGUUAUUCAAAUCGAAAUAAUUAUACAUUAAAUAUGUGUAUCAAAUAUGUAUAAAUAAAUAAAUUAUUGAAAAACAAUUUCUUGAAAAAUUAUUUCGAUAAUAGUUGAUCUCUGAAGAUUUUAAAUAAUUUUUAUAGAUUAUGUUUCAAAAAAUUUCAUUAGAAAUAAAAAAAUUUUUUAAAAAUUGAAUCUUUCUAUCUUCUCUAUUUCUUUAUUUAUAAAAAACUAUUGAUAUCAGAUUAUAUUCUUUUUUAAUUCAAUAUAAUUAUUGUAAUAGAUUUUUUUUUAGAUUGUUUAGAUGAUCUAUUUUGAAUGCCUUGCUUAGCAUUUAUAAGUAAUAAUAAGUAAUUAAAAAAUUAUUCUUAAUUUUAUUACGAAAAAUUAUUAAAAAAAAAAACAGUUACCCUUGUAAAGUAUAUACUUUUGGCACGGAAUAGAAAUACUCAAUAUAAGGGACUGUCUAUUUCAUUUAACUUUACGUAGCAAUAAUGAUUCAUUGUUUUAUAUAUAUAUAUAUAUAUAUAUAUAUAUAGAAAGAAUUCUAUAUAUAUAUAUAGAAUUGAAGCUCGUUCGAAAGUUGUAUUCAUGAAGAAACUCCUUUUUCUUUUGAGUAUCAAUAUGUUGUAACAAAGAAUUUUCAUAAGGUAUGUAAAAUAUUAAAAUUAUUGAUGACAUAUGUUGCAAAUGUUACAAGCAACGAAUAUUUUGUGAAAAUAUAUUAAGAAUAAAAAUACAAAAUAUGAAUAGCUAUUUAAAUAUUUUUUCAUUUUCUUUUUAUAAGUAAAAGCUAUAAACGAUAAUAUUUGAUGGUACUAUUUUACAACGUUCAUGUAACGUUCAGGUAUACAGUAUAUUUAUCACAAUAUUUCAUUCGCCAUACAUCCUAAAUAUUCUUUUUUUUAUCUUGUUACUAAUUAUUGAUAUUUUACAUAUUAACAUACAACAUUAAUUAAUAAAUUUUUUCGAGCAAAUGAUAUUAUAACGUAUCUUUCAUAUUAAUUAUUAUGCAUUUAUUUGCAAUAAGAUUAUGUAAUUAACAUCACUUUUCAAUUUGAAUUUUUCUCUUUUUAUUUUUUUUUUUUUUUUUUAGAAAAUAGAAGCCAAAAAACUCUGAGUAUAGUAUAUUCAAUUUUACUGUUUUUUUAAAUUCUUAAUAUCUAAAUUUUUUUUUGAAGACAUUACUGUCCUUGUAGAGUUUAAAACUCUUGCACUUUUAUACAUAAUAUUCUAUACAUAAUAUAGAUAUUAACGAUUAUAAUAAUCGUUAUUACAUUAAUUAAAAAGACUAUUAAGAGAUAACUUUUAAAAUAUAAUCAAUAUACUCACUAUAUUUUAUACAUGGCAUAAAAUAUGAACGGUUGGAUUAGAUUGUUCGUAAAAAAUUAAAAAUCAACAUAAAAUCUUUAAUUAUUUGAUCCACGUUUGAUCAUUCAUUUAUAAAAAUUUGUUCAAAUUAUUGAAAUAUUUUCAUAAAAUUUUUAAAAAGCUUCGUUUUUAUUAAGUAUAUAUUAUAAGAUACUUUGAAAGUCAGAAUACAAUUAUUAUCAUAUAAUGUAAUAUAAUCAAUAAAAUUAAUUUUAAAAAUAUUUUUAAAUAUAAAUUACAUAUUUUUUUAUAUUUUUAAUAAUAUAUAUAUGUAUUUAUAUAAAUAAAAUAUGUAAAUUCAAAAAUCCAAAAAUGAAAAUAUAUAUUAUUAUUUACUAUAUGGAAAAAAAUAGAUAAAAUUAAUAUAUCUAAAUUAUAAUUAUUUGGUUUGAAUUAGUUAUACAUAAUUGUAUAAUGAUUUUCAUUAUAUCUCAUUUUUUUUUUUAUUAACUUGGCACAAAUUUUGUCACAUAUUUGUAUAUUCUUAUAUAAAUAUGUAAUCUUUAUAAUUCAUUACUGAUGUACUUUUACUAAUAAAAUACAGUUUAUUAUUACAAAGUAUAUAAUUUUAGAUCUAUAUGUUGCAAUAAAUUACUCGUUAUCAAAUAUAAGAAAAUAUUUCUCUUAAUAUAUUGAAAAAGACACGGUACAUCAGUAAUAUAAACUUUUCUCAGAAGAGAUUGUCCUGCACUUUAUUAUUAUUUUGUUUGUUUUGGAAUAUGAUAUAUUUUUUUAAGUUUUCAACCAUUUGUAUCUAUAAUAUUUAAAUUAAUUAUAAAAGAUAAAUAAUCAAAAUGUUAAUAACGUGGAUGCAAACACAUUAAUCUAAUGAAGAUUCUUUUUAAGACUUCUUGAUGAAAUAUAAAAGACAUAAGUACAAUUUAUUAAUAAUUUAUGGUUAUGAAAUUUAUAAAUAUAUACUAAUAUAUAUCUAGUAAAAUAUAGACAUAUAUGAGAUAAUUCUUAAAAGAAUAGAAUCUAUAAAAAUAAUUAUUUUAUAAUGAAAACUAUGACUUAUGCCUCUUCCAUCAAAUGUAAAUACAAAUACAGCUUCAUUAAAACAUUCAGUAUGUUAAAAAAUCAAUAAUCUUUUUUUUUCUAUACAAAGUGCCCCUGUAGAUAUGAAGUCUAUGAAAUAUAUGAAUUAAUCGAACAACCUAGUCCAAUUGGCAUUAUAUACAAGGGAAAGGAACAAUUUGGUCAGGUGGUUAAUUGGUAAGUCACUUAAAACACACCUGAUGAGUCCGAAAUGACAUAUGUCGUUUGGACCAAGCAGGAUUCUUACUCUAUUCCUCUUCACAAGGAACAUAAUUUUUAUCAUAUUUAAUCUUUUUCAAUUAUCUUUACGAGCUUUCUUUUUACUUUUCUUUUGAGGUUUGGCUUCUGUCCAGAUAUCUAAAAUAUAUUUAAGAUACAUGUAAAUUUUUUAUUCUUGAAAUGUGAGAUUAUAUAAUUUAUGAUAAGAAUUAUAUAAUAUAUGAUAAUAUAAAAAUAUAAUUAUAAUAUAUUAAAUUACCUCCUAAUUCAUCAAACACAGGACCACUUUUUUCUUGUGUUUGCAUAACAUUAGGAUUUUUUUCUUCAAAAUUAUCUAGUUCUUUUUCUAUAUUGUCAUCCUUCUUUUUUGUCCUUUGUUCUUGGAUUUUAUUAUCUACUUUUGGUGUAGAUACAAUCAUUAUAGGGAUAUUUUCAUUUUCAGAAAUUUUUUUUCCUUUCUUUGAUUUUCCACUUUUUUUUUCUUCUUUUUCUAUUUUUUCAUUCUUAAAUAAAAAAAAUACAAAAAAUAUAUGUAAUAAUAUUAAAAAUAUUUAAAAUAAAUAUAAAUACACUUGAAAAAUACCUUAGAUUGUUCUUCUUUUUGCUGUUCUUUUUCUUUAGAUAUUUCCUCAUUGGAAAUAGGUGUAAGUAUCACAUCUUUUUUAUCUUUCUCUUUUAAUUCUUUAUUUUCUGUUUCCUUUAUAAUUUUAUCUUUAAUUUCUACUUUUUCUGAAACCUUUUGUUUAAUUACUUCUUCAUUAAUUAAAUCAAUCUUCUUAGUAUUCUUUUUGUUUUUCUUUGAAGGAGAUUCUUCCUCUUUUUUUUUAUUUUUUUUAUCUUUUUUGGAAUAAGCUUGUUCCCAAUCACCUAUAUUUUAAAUAUAAAAUUAAUAUUUUUUUAGUGUUAUACAAUUCUAAAAAUAAUUCAAUUAAACCUUACCUUCAUCAAAGUCUAUUGGUUUCUCUUGAAAUAAGUUUUUUAAAUUCUUUUUAUUUUUUACUUGUUCAAUUUUGUUUUCUUUACCAACUUUUAUAAGAACUUGAUCUUUAUCUUUCUUUGUUAUAGAAAUUUUAUUAUCUUCUUGUUUUCGUUCCUUUAAUUUUCCUUCAGUAUCAUUUGGUUUAGAUACAACUUUUUUUGAAACUUCUGUCUUUGUUGAUAUACUUUUUUUAAUAGGACUUGUCUUUUCAAUUACAAUUUGACCAUUAGCAGAUUUCUAUAAUAUACGUAUUAUAAAUAAUAUCAAUGAAUAAUAAAUGAAACAUAGAAUAACAAAUUUUUAAGAUUUUAAAAAUAUAAUUAUAUUAUAUUAUAAAACUUCAAAAUUAUAAAUAAAAAAUAUAUGUAUUACAAUAAAUAAAUUAAAUUUAUAAAAAAAAGUCUUUAAAUAGGAUAAUAUGCACAUAAUUAAAUUGUAUUCUAUGCAAUGAUAAAAACAAUAACGAAUCUUUUAAAACAGUUAUACCAGCUGAUUAUGAAUCAUGUAUGCGUGUAUAAAUAUUCGCAACAAAUAAGCAACCAUAUGGAGGGUGAACAGUAUACAUUGUUAGAUUUUUAUUGUUAAUUAAUUCGAAAAAAAAAAAAAAGAAAGAUAUACCAUUUAAAUCAUUUACUUGUAUCGUGCUAACCUUUUCUUUGAUCUUGAUACGUUUCUUAUUGGUAAAUUUCCGGUCCACGUCGGAGCCUACCGAAAGCUGUGCAAAAGGUGGUUGUUCAGCCUUCUUGAAACCAAAGACGAAAACGAGAAUCGCACAUAUAAGCACGAUACCCACAGGUAAUGCAUAUUGCGAAUGCUGAAAUAGCAAGCUGACGUCCAUGGCAAUACAAAGGACGUGUCAACGUGUGCGAGAUCGACGACGGAAAUGAGGGACGGCAAUAGAAUGACGGCGACAACACAUACGGUUACAACUCAGCGGUGAUCGGUGAACCAAACGCUUAACGUACACGAUACAGAUCGAACAACUCAAAACAUAGCACUCUAGUGGAAAGUCUUCGAAUUACUGUAUGCCAGGCGGGCGCCGAUCUCCGCUGACGCGGCUAUGACAUGCCACUAAGUAACUCAAGCGAGAUUUUGUUUCAUAUAUCUACAAAAGUUUUUGUAUAAAUUAAAUUAAAGUAUUUAUUAGUAUUAAUAUGUCAAAAUAUUAUUAAAUUAAUAAAUAUGAUUUAUUAAUAACAAAAGAAUAAA